AUGACACACAGCUGAUCAGUCGGCUCGUAGCGCACGUAUGUUGCGAGCGUGUGAAUAGGGAGUGGGUGUGUUUUACGCGGGGGAACGGAAUGACGACGGCAUUGUGACAGCAAGCGGCGGGGUUCAUGUACGUGCAUCGAUGUCGCUACACGUUCUCUAUGCGUCAGGACAACGACGAGGACGACGAAGACGACGAGGUAGUUGGUAGUCAGCUCGGGUGGAGAUAUCGCCGCGAGGAGACGAUUGUUCAACGAGGGCGGAAGAGGAACGGAACGGCCGGGUCGAUCGACGGGUCGACGAGGUCUAUGACUGGAAAGGCCGUGGAUGGUUGUGCGAAAAGAGGAGGCUGGAGGCAGCACGAGGAUCGACGACGCCGUUGCUGGCACGUUCAGAUUCAUGACACAAGCUUGCGAGCACUUCGCGAAAACGCAGAGCGUCUUUCGGAGCAUUGACGCGCGAUCUCCCCGCGGUGUCGCGGUAUCUAUACGUAUCUAUCUACCUAUAGUUAUCUACAACACUGUGAAUAUUCGUCCGGAGCACGCGCGCAACGAGUGAUAAAGAGCGUAUCGCAGAGAAAUAUCCAGGCAGAUAGAUAUCCAGGAUAGAAAUAGAAAAGAAGGAAACGCGAAGAAGGAAACGGUUGUUGCCCUCUUUGGUCUUCUCUUUCUCUCAUUUUUAAUUUCCCCAUCUUUCUCGCCUUCGGUAUCUUUUCGUUUUGCAUUUAACUGUCGUGCUACUGUGUGGUAGCGCACAUACACGUGCAUUAUAUAUAUAUAUAUUUCACAUAUACAUUAUCCGAGAGUGGUGUGAUCGGCCCUCGCGUUUUUUAUCUCUCCCAGCUGUGUAUAUGGACGACCGCGUGUGUUGUUUUUCGUGUGUUUGGUAUAUGCGCGCGCGAACCGCGAAUAAAGGUCGAUGACGAUGCAACGAGUUCAAGAUCAGGACAAUGGGAUCAACAUCAAAUUUGGCUCGGGUAAAUCCCGAAAGGGCGACUAUAGGCUGGUAUCUCAGGAAACCGAUAACAACAAGGACCUCUUGAAUGGGACCAAUAAGCCAGAAAAAGAUGAAAAGGUAGAAGAGGAAUUAGUCCCACCGGACGGAGGCUGGGGAUGGCUGGUGCUUCUGGCCGCCGUCAUGGUGAACCUUCUCAUCCCUGGCACCAUCAAGUCCUUUGGAGUAUUGUUCGUUGAAUUCCUCGAUAUAUUUGACGCAUCACCAGCAGCAGCUGCGUGGAUACCAUCGCUCUGUUAUUUCUUAUACAGUUCGCUAGGCCCACUCUCUAGUGUACUUUCGGUCAAGUAUUCCUAUCGUACGGUAACUUUAAUAGGGGGGACAUUUGCCGCGGUGGGGAUGAUGCUGAGCUAUUUCGCGGACUCUGUGGCCUUUCUAUGCGUAAGUUAUGGUGUAUUAGUAGGUACGGGAGCGGGAUUAGCGUUUCCUCCGACUGUAUAUAUCGUAACAUCUUAUUUUGUACGGCUACGAGGACUUGCCAACGGACUCUGCAUAUCCGGCAGUGCGUUAGGCUCGAUAUUUCUUCCACCCGUUUUGGGCUUUCUUUUACGAGAAUAUGGUUACAGAGGCGCAGUAUUAAUAAUGGGUGCCGUUACAUUAAAUGUCUGGGCGAGUGCGCUUUUGUAUCACCCGGUGGAAUGGCACAUGAUUCCAGUUCGAUCUCCGGAUGACAAUGAUGUGCGUGUUGACGAGGAAACCGUCACUAGUAGCCCGGAGCAAGCGACCGAGAAGAGUAACAGUCAGCUGUUAUCAUCGAAUUCAUCGAAUGAGAAAGCCGCGCCGAUCGUACCGAAAAGUGCAUCAAGCGUUGCUCUGGAGUAUUACAAAAACACACCGGUGCAAAACCGCACGCGGAAAAUCAGCGCACCACCUAUCGGACGCGAAAUCAGCGGCCAGAUGCACAGUACGCCGACGUUGCACGCUGUGCCAGAAGGCCGUGGUAGCGUGACCGAUUCCAACAAAUAUUCCAGGACAUUCGCGAGAUCACCAUUGAAUUCGCCCAGCGACUCGUCCUUCAACUACGUCAGCACACCAUAUCAUGGUAGCACCUUAUCGGUUCUACAUCCGGAACGUGCGUCUACUUUGACGCUGAACGCCAUUUCCAGCACAUUCGCUAGGAAAUCGAUGACAACCAGCAAACAGGAGACGCGGAGCAAGGAUGAUGAAAAAAACCAACAGAAUAAGUUCUUCGAUGUUAGCCUGCUCAAGGAUCCCAUCUACCUCGUCAUUCUUAUUUCCAACUCCACCAAUGCCAUCAGUUACACCAACUUCGUCAUUCUGUUACCAGCCUACGCCAUGUCUCUGGGUUUCGACAAUUGGGAAGGGUCGUUGCUGCUGUCGAUCGUCUCUAUGCUCGACCUUGUGGGCCGUAUCGGCGGCUCAGCUCUUUCCGACAUCAAGAUUAUGCCUAAACAUUGGUACUUCGUUGGCGGUCUGCUCGCUUCUGGCAUUUCUUUGGCCAUUCUUCCCACCUCCAACACAUAUAGUAUGCUGUCCGUUUACUGUGCUUUCUUCGGUCUUGCAUCUGGCAUCUAUGUUGGCAUCACCGCCGUUAUUAUGGCCGACAUGUUGGGAACGGAAAAGCUUACCUCAUCCUAUGGCAUCUCAUUGUUCGUCAACGGUGUCAUUCAGUUGGUCGGCCCACCCAUUUGUGGGAUAAUAUAUGAGCAGAUUGGCAGCUACGGACCGAUCUUCAGUAUACUUGGCAUCAUUCUAGUGUUCGGCGCAUCUCUUUGGGGUAUUGUGCCACUCAUCCGACGAAGACAAGCAGCGUUGGAAAAAUCCGCCAAAAUAGAUAAAGUAUAGUAGACCAAAUAAAUGCAAAGUAUAUAAAAUAUGACAAUUUUUGUCUAUCAUUAGUACUAGACACUCUUUUCAUAGUUUUAUGUCUUAAAAUCUGAAUUUUGGGACAGUACAUAUUAUAUUUGCAUAUUAUGAUGCAUAUAUGAUAGAAAACUAUUCUCAUUUUCAAAUUUUAAAAUGUAAAGUUAUGAAGAAGCAAUUAUAUAUAUAAACGAGUCGCAACAUAUGACUUGAUACUUAAAAAGCACAUAUGAGCUUAAUUGCGCAAUUGCUUAAAGGUGGCCAUGUAUACACGUACGUAUGUAUGUAAGAGAGAGAGAAAGAGUAAAAACGUGGCCGAAUAUUAAACUGUGAUGUUAGCAUGAAUGUAAUGUAUCGAAGCUACACUGGCGAAAAGUUUUCGGAUCGAGCGAAACUUUGAGCGUUUUGCUUAAUCCGACAAUUUUUUGCAUAAAUUCUCUACGAUGUAUGAUUGUAUGACUGUCGAAUAAUUAUUAAUUAUAGUAAUUAUAAUUGAUCGCCAAAUAGAACGGUAAAUGUGAAAAAAUCUUAUUGUACCAAAUAUCAGUUUACUAUCAGUUAUCUUGAAUAAUAAUCGAAGAUUGUCCAUAAUUAAUUGAUACAAAUCAUUAAUUUCAAGCCUAUAUUUUAUUUCACAGCAUUACAUUUUUCAUUAGUGAAUUGACUGAUAAAAGUAAUAUGAUAUAAUGAUGUUUACCGUCUUUAUCAGUAAUUUUAAUUAUUACGUAUACUGAAUGAGAAAUAAUUCUAUCAUGUGGAAUUUUUUUUUCUUGUAAUAUAAAACGGAAUGCUGAUUAUGCAUUGUUACAUUUUUGAAGUCAUAAUUACAAUAUAAGAAUGUCAUUUAAUAAAUUCAUCGUUUUAUAAGAAAUAAAAUUUAAUUUCUUAAUAAAAAUUUAAUUUAUUAUCAUAAUAUCAAAAAUUGAGAUAAGUGCAUAGAAAUAAAAUGCAUUCACAUUUAGUUUAUAUUUAUAAUAAAAUGUACUUACAAAUGAUAAAAUGUAAAAAGUACUUAAAAGCGAGAAGUACUUAAAAUGAUAAAACUAUAAGAAAUUAGCAAAUAAUAAGUUUUUUUUUUGUAUUUUUAAGAAUGAAAUUAAUAAAAAAUAUAUCGCUCGAAAACUGGAUGAGAAAUAUUAAUAGGGCCUAUAUAGUGUAUAGAGUAUAGGUACACAACGGUCCGUUUUAAAUUACAAGAAACCGAAAAAUUUCAAUUAGCAAAAUCAAUUUCAUUCUGUGUCAGCGAUAUCAGAUUUGAUCACAUUUACCAUCAAGUAUACGCUCUUGUAUCGGUGAUGAGACGUACAAUAUGGCCUCACGCACCGCGUAGUCCAUUUUUGACUAUAAAGCGUAUUAUUUAGGGAAACAAUUUUCGAGAGAAAAACUUUUUUGAGAAAUCGCUUCUUUUCUCCGAACUAGAAAGAAAGAAUAUCUCUUGCCUUAUAACAAGAAAGAAAAAAUUAUUCUCUCUCUGAAAGUAAAAUUUUUGCAUCGGCACAAAAAAUAAUUCAAUUUUUCUUAAAUAUUUAGUGAAAAGACAGUUGUCAUGAUGGUACUAGUUGUGCAUCAGAAUAAAAAUACAAUGACAAUGUAGCAUGUACCAAUUUCGUUUCUAUAAACGAAUCUAGUAAUAAAGUAAAUUGGCACACAAUUGUAAAUACAAUAUCUAUUUCUAAAGACUUGAUCGCACACACAUAUGUAAAUGCGAUCUUAUUGUUAGAAUGACUAGAAUGCUAGAAGAGUGGAUCUUAUUUACGAGAACUAUAUUUAUUAAACAAAGACCAGAAUUCUGGUAUAAGUUAUCAUUUUUCUAAAUUGAGAAUGAAUUAAUGAAAUGAAUCCACGACAAAUAUAAGAUGCAAUUGAAGCAGAAUAUAUCUGAUGAAAUGUAUCUUUAUCCAUUUUAACGUUAAAAUAUCGUCUUGUGUCAAGAGUUUUGGUCUUGCGAAUUUUUUCAAUUAUUAAAGAAAAAUUCGAUCGGUCCACUUUUCAAACUUUCGAAAUCCGCCAGAAAUAAUGCCUUACAAGUAGGUCAUAAGCAGUUUGUAAGUAAUAUAUAUAUACAUACAUAUAUAUUAUGUUUAUAUAACUCUAUACACAAAUACAUAAAACAAAAAAAAAUA